AUGACUUUCUACGCUCUCAUUUUAGUUCUUUUUUUUUUCUUCUUCUUCUCUUCUCUCGUUGCUUCUGAUUCACCACCGAAUGCGUCAGUUGGCUCGUCGUGUAAUUUGAAAUCAGUUUGCGAAACUUAUGUAACUUUCUUUGCAAAAUCUCCUGAGUUUUUGGAUUUGGAGAAUGUGUCUGAUCUGUUUGGAGUUCGUCGAUCGUUAAUUGCCGAAGCUAGUAACUUGAAUCCCGACGACAAUCGUCGUCUAUUCCCGGGAGAACUCUUGUUGAUUCCUGUUAAUUGUACCUGCAAUGGAAACCAAUACUUUGCCAACAUCACUUACCAAAUCAAGCAGGGUGAUGUGUACUAUGCUUUAGCAAUGACUUCAUUUCAGAAUCUUACUGAAUGGCAUGUAGUGAAUGAGUCAAAUCCCAAUUUGGAUCCAAACUUACUGGACAUAGGAGAUGAAGUAACUUUCCCUCUUUACUGCAAGUGUCCAUCGAAAACCGACAUCCAGAAGAAUAUCAAUUACUUCAUUACAUACAUAUGGCAGCCGACCGAUAACAUUUCUGUUGUCAGUACUGAGUUUAAUGUCUCGAGUGACGCCGUAUUAGUUGAAAAUAACUAUACGAAUAUGAGAGACGCAACGAACCUUCCUGUGUUCAUUCCCUUGUUGCGAUUGCCUCUUUUCUCUCAUAUGAAUCCAUACAACGAGACAACGAAGAACGAUAAACACAGGUGGAUUAUCGUUGUUUUGUUAAGCGUUGGAAGUUCGAUUUUGAUUGUUAUUUUAAUAGCUGGAUUGGUUUGUGCUCAUUUCGUUCAUAAGAAUAGGAAGUCAUUGAAAUGGAACAAGGUUUCUGUGGAAAUUGCUGGUAGCCCUGCAAGAAAUAAUGCCUUUGGGGCUAAGACUGACUUGAAAGAUGAUAGAUUGCUUCCUAAGGUUUCAGACUACUUAAGCAGGCCAAUCUUGUAUGACAUCAAUGUGAUCAAGGAAGCAACCAAGAACCUAAAUCGAUGCACUCGAAUUGGAGGAUCGGUGUAUCGAGCCACAAUCGACAAGCAAGUCGUCGCAAUAAAGAAAAGUAAGGAAGAUAUAACAGAGGAGCUGAACAUUUUGCAGAAAGUAAACCAUGUAAAUCUAGUAAAAGUAAUCGGUUUCUCGAUCGACAUGAAUCGUAGUUGCUUCCUAGUUUAUGAAUACGUAGAAAACGGUUCACUUGACAAAUGGUUGUGCUCAUCUUCAUUGGCCUCCCUUACAUGGGAUCAAAGAAUUUCCAUAGCAUUAGAUGUAUCCCAUGGUUUGCAAUAUAUGCACGAACACAUUCAACCGAGCAUCGUCCAUCGAGAUAUCCGAACGAGUAACAUACUUCUUGACUCGAGCAUGAAGGCAAAACUAUCAAAUCUCUCCAUGGCUAAGCCUGCAUUGGACACAACGUCACACAAGAUAGAUAUUUUUGCUUUUGGAGUUGUGUUAUUGGAGUUACUUUCAGGGAAAAAAGCGACCGAAACGAAAGGCGAUGGCGAGGUUGUGAUGUUAUGGAAGGAUAUAAGAGAGGUGAUGGAUGUUGAGGAGGAGAAGAAGGAAGGGGGGCUAAGGACAUGGAUGGAUCCAAAACUUGAAACCUUCUACCCCAUUGAUGGAGCUUUGAGCUUGACAGAUUUGGCCAUGGCAUGCACCCAUGACUUGCCAAUGGUAAGGCCAAGUAUGGUCGAGAUUGUGUUUAAUCUCUCUCUUCUCACUCACUCAUCUUCUUUGACGUCAUUAGAGACAUCUUGGGUUUUGGGUCUGGAUUCAAUAGAGAUUAGCGAAAAGGUUGAUACAGUUUUGGCCCGAUGA